CCGCUUGCGAGCCGGGGGGCGGGACUUCCGCUGCCGGGGAGGCGGUUUUGUGUGUGUGUGUGCGUGUGUGAGUGUGUGCGGUGCGUGCGGGGUCCCGGCUCCCCGCGGGCGGCGGCGCUUCGGGGCGCCCGGCCCGGCCCGCGCCGAGGGGCGCGGCGGCGGCGCGGCUCCUUCCGCGAGGGCUGAGGGGGGUCCCCCCUCGAGGGGGCCCCUGAGGCGGCGGGGGGGGCCCCCGCGGGGGCGGCGGGGUCCCCCCGCGGGCGCGGGGAGCCCCGGCGACGAGGGGCGGCUGUCCGCCCCGGCUCUCGGCUCCCCGGGCGGGGCGCGGGGCGGGCGGGUGGGCGAUGAAUGGUUUCAGCACCGAGGAGGACAGCCGGGAUGGGCCUCCCGCCGCCCCCUUCUACGGCCAGAGCUGCUGCCUCAUCGACGACGGGGACCGCUGCGUGCGCCCUGCCGGCAACGCGUCCUUCAGCAAGCGCAUCCAGAAGAGCAUCUCGCAGAAGAAGCUGAAGCUGGACAUCGACAAAAGCGUGAGGCAUCUGUAUAUUUGCGAUUUCCACAAGAAUUUCAUUCAAAGUGUCCGAAACAAAAGAAAGAGGAAGACAAGUGAUGAUGGAGGUGACUCUCCUGAGCAUGAAACGGAUGUUCCAGAGGUUGACUUGUUCCAGCUCCAAGUGAAUACGCUGCGACGUUACAAGAGACAUUAUAAAUUGCAGACUAGGCCUGGACUCAACAAGGCUCAACUAGCAGAAACUGUCAGCCGUCACUUCAGGAAUAUUCCUGUGAAUGAGAAAGAGACACUUGCUUAUUUCAUCUAUAUGGUGAAGAACAACAAGAGCAGGCUGGAUCAGAAAUCAGAAGGUAGCAAGCAACUAGAAUGAGGAUUAACAGGACUUGGAAUAAGAGAGACCUUGAAGGAACAGAUGGUAUUGUGCAUUUUAGGUAUAUAAAAACUGUUGAAGUAUAUUGUAAAUUUUUUUUUAAAUGCAGUAAGUCUGGAUGACAGAAAAUAUAGACAUUCUUAUCAGGAAUAUUUGAACACAUGUGACCAGCAUGUUUCUGAAGACUUCUCUUCCCCUCAUUUCAAAGUCAUAUUGGAAUAAAGAAACAAGGAUAAUGGGGAAACAAAGUAAAUCUGUAGGACCAUGGAGUUUAUCAACUUGGUGUUUUAAACCAUUUCUGGAAAUCUACAUCUCAGUGCAAUUUAGACCACAAAUGGAGUUUAUUCACUGAAUUCAGACUGCAUCACAAAACCACCAUGCAAUUUAUCUUGGCACAGGACUGGAAUAGCAGCAGAGAGCAAAUUUGUAAUCAAGGUGCAUUGGUCAGAAGUUUGUCUGAAGCUUGAUCCCUGCCUACACAUGAUUUGUCUUGCCUUGAGCCAGUGCUUCAAGUCCCAAACUUCUACAAAUGCUUCAGCACACCAAAUCUACUCCAGUGAAUGUUACUUGACCAGUCUGAAUUUUUUUUCCCAACAUGGAAGCCAAAUAACUCAUUGAAAUUGGGGUUUUUUUUUUAAUUUCUUUUAUUUAAGAACUUGCUACUUAAUUGUCCGUAAGCAUUUGAGAACUUCUGUGUUUCCUCAGAAUGUGGUAUUAAGGCAAAUGUAGCUUUAUUUGCUGGGUUUGAUCAUGUUGAUAGAAGUGCUUAUUUAAAUCACUCAGUUGUGUGGUUUCCCUCAUACUCAAGGCUCAGCAAUGGUAGGUGAAACAGCAGGUUAAGACAUCUGCCUUUUAAUCUCUGUGUCAGAUCAGGUAUCAGUCACAAGUGACAUGAAUUUUAUACUGGAGUUAGUCUUUAGCAGAUGUCACAAAACUGCCAUGUAGACUAGUGUGCUUGGCAGUCUCCAUUUAGCAUAAAGCGUAUUUAUGUUAAUGGGUGUAGCACCAUAAUCAGAGUAGUGAACUAACUGGAGCAUGUUGCGUUUCAUCUGUCUCUGCAAGUGGGCAAAAAGUGCUGAAGCACUCAUCUCUUGUGAGCGUUACAUGUGCUUUCAUAAGAAUUCUGUGAAACAGGGUGGUGUGCUGGUGCUCCCUAACUGGGCGCUAUAGGAGGAAAUCACUCUGAUUUUGUUAUUUAAAGCCAAGGUGUCCUUAUAAAUAACACAGUGGUUAUUUAGGCAAAAGGAGCUUAUAAAAGUGUUCGUUGUGAAUGACUUCUCCAGUGACCUCAAAUUCUGUUCAAGGGGAUCUUGUGAUUUUUUUUUUAAAGCACCACUCUGUUUCCUUGCUGUCCUAACCAAUGUCUCCAUUCUGUUACGAGAUGCCAAGACUCCUCUUAGAGUGUAUUCUCAACAAGCCUUAAGCAACGAACUGAACAGUGGAAAAUAUUGGCUAGCAUUUUGUCAAUGGCAGGUUUUAAUAUUCCAAAACUGGACGAAGCUUUGUUGAAGAACUAAACAUGCAGGUCAAAAUCCCAACUCAGUACUGCAUCACGUAUUUUGUAAGGCAUGAAGGGUUCACCCAGUGAAGCUCUUGUUGAAGCUCUCCUAGGAUCUCUUUACCAAUCAAGUCACGAUUUUAAAGCAAGCUGUUUGCAUCAGCUUUGAAGUGUUUGCUAAUAUUCCAAAUACAUGUGCAACAGACUUAAAAAUGUUGAAGUCCUGUGUCAUACGCAGAAAUAUUCUGUUAUGGUACAUGUCCCAUUUGUAAAGUUUUGAGGAGUGGUUGCUUCAGCGUUUCCUCAUUCGAUUCAGUGUGGAUUUUAAGAACAUCAGACGGAAGAGGGGUUCAAGGAAUGAGGAGAGAAUGUCUUAGGUCAGUAUUUCAUGAAUGUUUAAAAGCUUCCUAAUUACACUGGUCCUAUCCUUAUUGAAAGGAUGGAGUAAUCCCCACAUUAGUCAAUGUGAUCUGGCUUCUCUCAUUCAGGACAGGUAGUUAUGAGGGUAUGUUCUCUGAAUGCAUGUUCCUUUUGAAAGCUUUCAUGUAAUCAGGGGAUAUUACCAAGAGAAAAUGAGUUUCUGAGUUGAGAGGGUAUUGCCUCUUCAUAACUUCUAGACCAAAAUUGUGAAAAUGCAGUUUGUUUGGGGGGGGGGGUUAUUUUUUUGUUGUGGGAUUUCUUAUUUCUAAGAGUAAAUAAAUCUGUUGCAGUGUUUUAGCAGCCAGCAGCAAAAUGAUUCUUUUCACACAAAUAUGGUGGCAGGUUCCAUCUGUUCAGGAGUAUUCACUGGUAUGGUUUUGUGUGGAGGGGGUAUCCAGGAACCGCCGCCCCCCCCCCCCCCCCCCCGAAAAAUAGUCAAUUCAUGUAAAAUGUCAUUAUUGUUGGUUUUACUCUUAAAGCAAUUACACUUUUUGAAAAAAAUCUUAGUGAAUUGUGAUGAUGAAAAGAUGUUUACCAGCCAUUAGCAGUUGUUUAUAAGGUGGUAAGCUUGGAGGCAAGACACCAAAGAAACAGAAGAAUCUUUGGCUGUCAGACCCCAUGGCCUUGUAAACCCUUGCAAAUGCCUUAUUAUCUUGUUCUCAACUUAGCUAGAGCAAAAAGCCUUGAGCAAAAGAAAGCUGAUGUCUUUUUUGGAAGGGUUAGCCACUUUGUGGCUGCCAUGCUGUAAACUGAAGUCACACGUCAAUUCAGUAGCAAUAUCCAUGUUCAGGGUGCCUGUGAUUCUUGAAAAGCAUUUAGUGUCUAAUAACCAGAAAACGCAACAAUGCAAUUGUCAUUCUAUGUAAUACCAUUCUGUGUAUUUGAUCCCGUAUGCUGCAUGCCAAUUAAAAAGACUUUCCAACUUUUUUUCUUAAAAAAAGGAGAAAAAAGAAAAAAAGAAAUUCAAAGUAAACGUGUUUGAACCUCACACAUGUGAAGCCAUGAGGUAGGAUAUUUUCUCAGCACUUUUAAGAUGGGACUCGUUGGAAAGGUGGAAGACCCAAAUCGCUUUGGCUGGCAUGAUGAGACUUUUUUUUUUCUCUUGCAUUUUGUUUUUCACAGAUGGGCCUUAAAUUCUGUCUAGCUUUGAACCAUGGAGCACAAGCCUUGGGGGCAGGGAGGAUGACCACGUGUCACCUUCCACCUAUAAUUCUGGAACUCUUAUUUCUUACAAGUCUGCAUAGGUGACAUUCACCGUGGGACAGAGGAAUCAUCUUUAAAGCCCUCCGGCCAUUACGUACCCUAUUUCAAUUACAUAGCCUAAUUCAAUUCUCAUUGAAGAGCUGCAUUAACUUCAUUGACUUCUGAUCAGAUUCAAAGCCAUUAGUAUAAAAUACAAAUAAUGUGGAAAUAUCUCUUCCAGGCUUAAUUUUAUCCUGUAUGCUGACCCUCUGCUCUCUUUAAGGAAAGAAGAAAAUUAUUGCUGGUAAUUAUUGGCUUGAGCUCAACUCAAGGGAGUUUGAAGUGUGUGAAGACUUGAGUUGGUGGCAAUUUGAUGGCUGAAAAGUGCAAAUAUAUCCAAGGAGGCUCUGUUUGCAUGCAGUUUUCAUAAAUCUCUGCAUCUCAAGCAAUAUUGUAUAUCAACCUGAAGUAAACAAUUGCAUUAAAAGAUAAUGUUUCUUUUGCCAGGCACUUUGGAUGUUUGGACUGAGAAAAGCAGAGGAGGCAUGUUUGUACUGUUUGCCCCCAAUACUCUGGUGUCCCAGUUUUUCUUAGAAACGUGGCUAUAAACCAUUUGAUACCCUGGUGUGCAAGACUUGACCAAAAUACAUUGUCUGGCAUUAAAAGUCUUAAGUGCAAGCCGGUUUUAGAGGCUUUGAAAUCAAGAGCCAAAAUAAUGCACAGUAAGUGUAUGUUUCAAGCAAGUCAUGAUAGCAAAGAGAAGAUGAAACAGAACGUGGUCCCUGGAGAGACUGAAUGAAACACUUCCACUGUUAGCAGCGUGGGAGAAGAUUUGUUCUGUGUUAACUUUUGUAAUGGAUGUUUAAUGAGAGGAGAAGGGGAAAGCUGUGCACUUUAUGUCUUUUGGUUGAGCCAAAUGUGAAUACCAAUGGGAGAUCUUCAGCAGUAACUGCAGUUGGAGGGGGAAGGAAUGGUCUGCUGCAGGACUGCAUGUUUAAAUUGGUGGAUUGUUAUACUUUCCUGGAGCACUAGCGUCACUUUGCCUCUACAGUUUAAAAAAAGUGGGUAAGAUGAGGUAUCCUCCCUUACAAAAGGAGUCCUUGUCCUGCCCAGAGCAUUGACUGAAGAGUCCCAAAGGUGAAAGAAUGUUGUUGAUGCCUCACAUCUCUUGACACUGAUGCCCUUUAGCCAUCUCUAGCUUAUCAAGUUAGGGAGUUCUUGUUUUCCACUUUCAAAGUGCAAGUUAACUGUUAUGAUGUAAGAUAACUCCUUGCACUUUUCACAGCUAACUCUGGUCUCGCCUUUUUGACUUGCCUGUUUGGAAUGAAUUCAAUGGUUGAAGGAAGUGUGGGGGGAUUGGGGGGCUCCUGCCUUAAAUCUGAACUUCCCUUGCAAGCAACUCUGCAGGCCAUCCUGUACAUCAGCAGGUAGCUGAGCCCCAACGGGGCAAGGUUUGUUUCUGUCCUAGCUACAGCUGUCCACUCUGCAGCGAGAGUGCAGGGGAGGUGAAUAGUAGAUAACUUGCAGAAUGGCUUGGAGUGUUUUAACAGGCUUACUGGGAGAGAAAAGUGUGUUCCCUCUUCUGUUUCUGGCCUCCAUGUGUUGUGCUGAUCUUAUGCCAAAUGUUUUGGACACCUUGUAUUUUUAACUGUGUAAUAUAGGUGUGUAUUGUUAAAGCAACGUAGUAACUUAUAGGAAAACUGUAGAACUCAUUUCUCUGAGGUGUAGGAAAUGUCCAGCUUCCACUGUGUAUGAGACUUUAACUCUGUACUGUCUGACAAAGAUGAAAAUGCCGAAUUUCACUUUAAUAAAUGAUCUAUCUAGCAAUAA